AUGGCCUAUGGUGUAAAGCACGAGAAUCUCACAAGGGACAUCUGGCAAGAGCCCGGCGUCCUAGAUGCCUUCGCGAAGGUCUCCGACACAGAUAGCCUGAUCGCCUCGUUCGACGCAGUCAACUUCCCUUCCCGGCCCGUCAAGACUCGAGAACGAACGAACGGACCGGAGGAUGGCGGACUCGUUGUCUUCAAGGGCACGCACCUACUAUCAAAGGAGUUCCACGAGGAGUUCAUGGAGUCAGACAAGGUGUGGAUCUGA